UUGAUUUAUCAAUUACUCUGCACAAUAUUGGGAAGUAUUUGCAAAAAUAUUUUUAUACAUUUCUUAAAGUAGUUAUGGUAUUUGGCAUAUUGUUCGCUUGUAGUCCUUCUCCCUAGAUGGCAUUGAGUUCUCGAGAGCUAAUUCUUAGCCAACUGAAUUAACUUUACGAACAUGUUGACCUAUUGGUUGACGUGGACAGAAUUAAUAUUUUUAAUUUAACCAGGGAAAUCUGUUCUUUCCGGAGCUUGGUGUCGCUAUGCAUUACUGUUUUGGCAUAUUGACAGUCUACAACAGGGUUUGUACAAAAAGCUAGUAGCGAACACUUCAGCUUUAAUGUUGUGUGGCACUGCAUUGUGGCUGAGUCUGACCCCAGAUUAACCCUGGUGUUUGUGUGCAUAUGUUUCGGGUUCUGUGUUGGUAAUCGCUAGCUGCCACAGUCAUAAACUUCUACAAUUUAUCUGAUUUGAAAUUAGAUUUUAAACCUAACCUUAACUCUAACCACGCUGCUAACCUUAUGCCUAACCACAUUAUGUUCAUGAAUUUUUACAAUAUUGACAAUUUUGACUUUAGCUGUGGAAACACUGUUGGGGGUUGCAAAAUAUGAAUUUCCAUGAUCUGAAAAAAAGUGGACACAAGUAUAGGCUACUUAUUCCUUUUGAUUGUCAUUUAGCGCCUCUUUAUGGAGACAUUAUGAAGGUAGAAACAAGUGGUGCUUCCUGGAGGACAGCAAACGCUGAUGGGGGAAAUGAUGACGGGGUGCUUGCAUCUCACAUAAUGGCAGAGCAUGACCGUGCUGCCAUGGACAAGUACAAGAGACUCAUAAUGAAGGUGGCAAAGAGGAAUGAAGUGGACCCAGCUGUUAUCUGUGGCAUCAUCUCAAGAGAGUCCCUGGCUGGGACAGGACUGGACAAGCACGGCAGGGGGGACAAUGGCAAGGCCUUCGGACUUAUGCAGGUAGGCACGACCCCAGCCCCGAGCGGUGGCGGGAACACUCCAAUGGGGGAAUGGAACAGUGAGGAGCAUCUCCAACAAGGCACUGAAAUUCUGAUUGAGUUCAUCAAAAGUAUACAGGAGAAAUUUAAUUCAUGGACCAAGGAGCAGCAACUGAAAGGGGGAAUAGCAGCCUACAAUAAGGGAGAUGACCGUGUAGAGUCAUAUGAGGAAGUGGACACUCAUACCACUGGAGUGGACUACUCCAAUGAUGUUGUUGCCAGAGCUCAGUGGUUCUACAACCAUGGUUAUCGUGAAACAACAAAACUUGUCAUUAAAGUAGCAGCUGUUGUAGUGGGAGCUGCAGUGGGAGGAGUUUCUGCUGUUGCCCUGGCACCAAUAGUCCUCACAGGGAUCGGGUUUGGUGCUGGCGGGAUUGCAGCUGGAUCAACAUCAGCCGGCAUGAUGUCUUCCGCUGCCAGAGCCAAUGGAGGUGGGGUAGCAGCAGGGAGUCUUGUUGCUAUUCUACAGUCAGCAGGUGCCGUAGGGCUCUCGGGAACGGUCAUUGCAGUUGUUGGAAGUGCGGGAGCAGCCAUCGGAGGAGCAGUGGGAGGAGCUGUGGGAUGGCUGAAAACAAAGAUUUCUUAAAUGUUCCAUAGAGGCUCUGAAGAACACCUGUCAGUAGUGCAAUACACCCUCACAUUGUUGAUACUGCAUGCUUAAAGUAUUCUACUUGUCAACUGAAUAAAAUAAAAAAUCCAUUGCAACUCUGCUGUUAAGAAAAACAGGUUCUCUGAGGACUUUCCCUAAUUGUUCCCUAAUUUUGCAGUUGAAAUUAGCUCAGUGGUUCUACAGCCAUGGUUAUGGUAAAAAACAACAACUUAUUAACCUUUUAUGAACAUGUUGAAAAUUAUGACUACACCCAGUAAUAAUUACACAACUUCAAACAGUCUCAUCCAAGUUUCUUCCGUAGUUGAAUCUUUCAGCAACUUGUCAUUGCGCAAUAUAAUGAAACAUUUCUUAUUUUCUGCCCUUUUGGAAUGGAUGUGUUUUUAGUUGACUGUCUUGGUGGGACUUGUAGCAAUAUUGAUGUUACUCAUAUUGAUGUUAAAAAAGGAAACAGAAACCAGUUGUUACUUACUUUAUUAAUGUGCUGCUUGACAACAUGCCUAGUAAAGUUUGCUUAACUAUA